AUGGCGGCGCAGGCUCUUCUUUCCUCCGCUGUGGAGGCCGGCCGGCAGCUCCUCGGCGGGCGGCCCCUCCAGGCCUCCCCCUCCAGAUCCCUCGCCGCCCCCCGGAGGCCCUCCUCCCUCCUCGUCCGCGCCUCCGCCACCCCUCCCGUCAAGGUCUGCUCCCUUCCCCCUCGCCGGCGCCGGCAGCUCGACUCUCACCCCCUUCUUCUUCGUCUCCUUCUCCUCUCAUCUCCCUCCGGUAGCGCGAUUCUCACCUCUUUCCGCUUCGUCUUCUUCUUCCCUCCCUCUCCGGCGGAGAGUUUCUGACCUGUUUCUUCUUCCUCGCCGUGUUUCUCGCAGCAAGGCGCCGACCGCCAGCUCUGGUUCGCCUCCAAGCAGAGUCUCUCCUACCUCGACGGCAGGUGAUCCUAGCCCUAACCCUAAACCUCCCUCCUCUUCUCCCCAUGUCUCUACAUAUCUGACGGAUCUGAGCGGCGGUACAGCCUACCGGGGGACUUCGGCUUCGAUCCGCUGGGACUGUCGGACCCUGAGGGGACGGGGGGCUUCAUCGAGCCCCGGUGGCUGGCCUACGGCGAGGUCAUCAACGGCCGCUUCGCCAUGCUCGGCGCCGCCGGUGCCAUCGCACCCGAGAUCUUCGGCAAGCUCGGCCUAAUUCCCCCGGAGACGGCGCUCCCCUGGUUCAAGACCGGCGUGAUCCCGCCGGCGGGCACCUACCCCUACUGGGCGGACUCCUACACGCUCUUCGUCCUCGAAAUGGCGCUCAUGGGAUUUGCAGAGCACCGCAGGUACCAGGACUGGGCCAAGCCCGGAUCCAUGGGGAAGCAGUACUUCUUGGGGCUGGAGAAGGGGCUCGGCGGCUCCGGCGACCCUGCAUAUCCAGGGGGACCCUUCUUCAACCCGCUAGGGUUUGGAAAGGAUGAGAAGUCCAUGAAGGAGCUGAAGCUGAAGGAGAUCAAGAAUGGACGCUUGGCCAUGCUCGCCAUCUUGGGGUACUUCAUCCAGGCGCUGGUCACCGGGGAGGGGCCCUUCCAAAACCUGCUCGACCACCUUGCCGACCCCGUCAACAACAACGUCCUUACCAGCCUCAAGUUCCAUUAG